GGGUAAGGCAGAAGGCUGCAGUGUCGGGGAAUCUUCACAUUCUUCUUAAAGUUCUCGGCGGGUUCAACAAGGCAGCGCUUGAUACCCCAACGUUUUUUGUUUGUGGUGAUUAUAUUCGGAAAGUAAUUCUAUUACAGUGGUUCUUCCUUUAGUCUUGCUGUCACUGUCCCAAGCGAAGUAAGUGUAUCUACUUUGAUGGAAGCCGUGUUUGAAGAAGGAAACCUUGAAGAGUGGAUUGAGAAAGCCAUUGGACACAGCAUCAUUCCAGUAAAUCGACCUCUGUGCUCACCCUCCAUGAUAAAACAGGUGAAGAUAUCACAACGUGCUGAAGAUCAUUCCUCGGCUAUCAUCGGUAUUGUGAUGGGCGCCCUAUUUCUUGUCGCAACAACAGCAGCUGUUGGGCUUAGCUAUCAGUGGCAUCUGAUGUUUCGGAAACGUACGCGGAAGGUGUGCCCAGAAAACUCUUCUGUUGAACUUCAGAUGGUUGAAGAAGAAACCAGGGAUUAACACUUACGGUGGACGGGUCUCGGUUUCAAACAGGACGCUAUACGUUUAACGGUCUGGUGUAUAUGACAUUUUGGCAUCCAUGACAACUGAGACAUUGUCUAUGUGUAACGAGAGUAUCAAGAAUACAACAGCCACACUGUCCAGACAAACAGUGGUGUUUGAUUGAUUCAAAAUAGUUUGGGCUGUCAGUUGUCCUUAGUCUGGCUGCGUUGUAUAACUUUAUCCCAUAUUAAGUUGACAGACCAUAUAAAAUUGAAAUACUGAUCGGCGUUAAGCCAAACUCACACUUAUUUCUUAUACGGUGCCUUUUGUGCUGAUUUUAAGAUUAAUAUGUUUUAUGCGAGACACUAGUUAUUUCAUUUUCAGGCCCAAUUACGCCCGCAAGCUGUG